CCAAACAAAUCCCAACAUCUCUCAACUCUCCAAAUUCCAAAAAUGAGACUCUCUCUCCUUUUUUUCUUUGCAACCCUACUCUCAACUUCCCAUGCAUCCUUCAACUCUGACAACCCCAUCCGGCAGCUACGCCGCCCCUCCUCCGGCCUCACUGAGCUCGGCUACGACUACAAAAUCAACUGCCAGAGUUUCCGAGUUGGGGUAGAGGCCAACAACGUCCGAGACUGGAGCACCGUCCCUAGCUAUUGCAAGAACUACAUCAAAACCUACCUCACGUCGAAGCAGUGGGGCCUCGACGUUGAGGCCGUCGCUAACGAGGCCUAUGAGUACGCCGCGACCUUCCAAAAGGACGCCUUCCUCAAGGACAUUUGGGUGUUUGACGUUGAAGAAACCCUCGUUAGCAACCUCAACUACCUUGCUAGCUCCACUGUCCAAUAUGGGACACAACCUCUAGGCCUCAACUACUACGAGUGGCUGCGUGCGAACAGCACGGUGGUGCCGGCAAUGAAAGAACUGUACGACGCGUUGUUGGAAAUGGGAUUCCCGAUUUUUCUCUUAUCCGCAGCACCGAGUUCUGAGAGAGAGACUCUGGUGAUUGCCUUGGAAGAUGCGGGUUAUUCGGGUUGGAAGAAGCUCAUCCUCAGGGACGAGGCCGAUAAUGGAAAAUCAACAGUACAGUUCAAAUCCGAGAAGAGGCAAGAGCUAAAGCAUUUUCAUUACAGAGUUGCAGCUAAUGUGGGAGAUCAAUGGAGUGACCUAACUGGUGAAGAGGCGGGAAUUAGGACCUUCAAAGUGCCUAACCCUGUCUACUAUGUGUUAUAAGUUGGGAUUUCAUUUCUUGCUCAUGAAAUUUGUGUCCUAGAAUGCAAUGUUGUUGUGUGUAAUAAUGAUGAUAUCCUCAUCAUGUGUAAUAAAAUGAUGGACACUUAAUGUCGUUUUCUUGUCA